UGACUGAGUCUGCAGAGGACAAACAUCCAAACUAUUUCCUCUCACUUCACUUGUCAGUCUGAAGGUGUUGUGAUGUGUGCUGAAGGUUUUGUGUUGAGUUUAUUGUGAACUUUGUCCACUGGGCUGAAAACGUUUUUUACAUCUGGCAACCCCGCGUCAGGGCGCAGUCCGCUUCCUCUGUGCAAGGUUAAAGAAAGAACAGACUUUUACGUGUGAAAUGGGGCUUUUAUUUCAGAUUUAACUUUUAGAGAAUCCUUCGUUUGAACUGACUCGACAUUUUAAAGAAAUCCAGACUCAUCAGACCAGGCGACAUUUUUUCCAGUCUUCAACUGUCCAAUUUUGCUGUCAUCUUAGGUCCAAGUCCACGUCUAUAAUGUUAGACCUGGAGUCAGACAAUGCUGGGUCCUUGGAUUUUUCAUCAUUGUUAAGUCGCCAGCUCUCAUUUAAUGGGUCCCAUUUGGCGGAGCAGGUGCCCCCAGAGAGACUGGCACGCGCUGGGCUCUACUUCACAGGAAAAGGAGACAAAGUUCAGUGCUUCAGCUGCGGAAAGACGCUGGACAACUGGAGCAGGGGAGAUGUACCUGUGGAGAGACACAAGGAGGUUUCACCCAAAUGCACAUUCAUUCGCUGCGUCUAUCCCAACGGUUCCCCUGCACAGAAUAAAGAAUACAACGAAGAAGCAGAGCGAAUCGAGUAUGGCCUGAGAAUAGGAGAGGUGGUGGAUGAGACCACUUACCCUAAAGUGCCCCACAUGAGGAGCGAAGAGGCGCGGCUCCAGACGUUCGCACAAUGGCCAUCCAGCUGCCCCAUGAGACCCUCUGAUCUGGCCCGCGCAGGUUUCUUCUCCCUCAGGAAGGAUGAUCACGUCCAGUGCUUCUGCUGCGCUGGUAUGAUCGGCGCCUGGGAGCCUGAAGACGACGCCUGGGGAGAGCAUGAAAAGCAUUACCCAAACUGCUUGUUCAUUCUGGGGCAUGACGUUGGCAACAUACCCCUCCAGGGUGGUUCUCAGGAGGAGGACGGAGGCAGGAGGGCCGUCUAUAUGGGCACAUUUGAACAGAGGCUCCAGAGCUUUCAGGGCAUCAGCCAUCCCAUCAGCCCCGAGCGUCUGGCCCAGGCUGGUUUUUACAGCACAGGCAAAGGAGACAGAGUGCUGUGUUUUUCCUGUAGAGGGGGUCUCAAAGGAUGGGAGCCUGAAGAAGACCCAUGGGAAGAACACGCCAAACACUUCCCAGGAUGUCGCUUCUUAUUGGCAGAAAAGGGCCAGGAAUUUAUCAACAGAAUUCAAUUACAAGGCACCGCUGCAACAAGUCACCAAAAUGGAUAUUCAAAAGAAGAAGACGAGGACAAGCCACCAGAGAAUGCCACAAAAGAUGAGGAUCCUCUGAAGAAGCUGGAGCAGCUGCAGAGGGAGAAACUGUGUAAGAUCUGCAUGGACCGGGACAUUUCUGUGGUAUUUGUCCCGUGUGGUCACCUGGUCGCCUGUCAGCAGUGCUCCAGGGAGGUCACCAAGUGUCCAAUCUGCUGUAGCGCCAUUACGCAAAAAGUCAAGACCUUCAUUGCUUAAGUAAAUAAUAGUCCCUGCACUUCACUGCUGCUUUUACUUUUAAUGGAAUAUAUUUUCAAAUAAUUGUAGAUGGAGUGUAAUAUAUUUAAAAUUCCUGUUUUGUGUUGAUUAAGCAGAUGUAAACAAAGUAUUUUUGUAAUCAAGAUGACACACAUGUAAUUUUAAGUUGAUGUAAAUAGCAGAAGCCAAUGAUUGAGGUCUUUUAUAACAAACUGUCAAUGUGUCCAUGUCCCUCUGUGUUCAAUAAACCAUAGGUGCCUUUGGGUUUUAAUUUGCUCAAUUACCACAAAAUCAAUCAUAUGAAAUACAAUGCCAAGUUUAUUCAUAUCGCACAUUUAAAACGACUUCAGCUGACCAAAGUAGUGUAAAUUCAGUAUCUCAACAAUACCUUGCUGUGUCUUGUUGGUUGUGUGUUUUUUAUUUAAUUUUUUCCUCUGUGUUCAUAAACUAUAGAAUAAAUUGGUGGGUGUAGGACUCCAAACUUUCACCUUAAGGAAAAAUCAAGGUACAUUCCAGUGUACACAGUGUGAUUUUAUCAAUAAAGGUAGUCGUGUCAAUAC